CACUAGAAAGUGUAAUGAAAUUCCGAAACUUUGUAAGGAUAUAUAACUGAGUUUCAAAGCUUGUUUAUACAUUUUUUAAAUUUUCAAUGCAUCACUCAUAAUACAAGCAUAACAAACACAUUUUCCGUUCAAACCAUAAUUGCACGUGGUUCACAACAAUUAUACUGAUUACAAUACACAUUCUGUACGAAAAGUAACACUCCUGAGUUUGUUUACUUUGCACACUUGGAGCCUCGAUUUGACGGUUCACUUGGAGUUUUCGACCCCACUCUUUGCGUAUCUGUUCAUAACACCGUCUGUAGUAGCCCCGUACGCACGUGGUAAUGUUUUUGUUUUUAUUUUCUCCGUCGUGUAGAAGUGGCACUGUGGCAGAAGUUUACUGCUUGCUCUUGUCUUUGAAAGUUCUGAUUUUGUGUAAUAAUUUAAAACAUGGAGAAAAUAUUCACUGAGCAUCCAUGGGAAGAUGAUGAUCGAUCCACCAAUAACGAAUUUAGUUUCAAAUCAAUUACAACAAAAGCUUCUAAAAAGACUGAAAAGAAAUCGAAACAAAAGUUAUCCAAUCUAGGUAAAUUCGUACGAGCGCCCGCGGAGGAAAUCCAAGAAGAACCCACCAAAAAUCAAUCAACAUCUCGGAAAAGGAAGGCAGCUCAACCAACGAAAUUGCUACAUGAAGAAUCUGAGCGUCCGCAACAAAAAAAGCAAAAAGAAAUUAGAAUCGACAAACAGCGUAACGGUAAAAAUACAAUACACAUUCAGGAUGCUAGUUUGCGGGAUAAGCUGGUCGACAGUCUGAAAGGAUCCCGAUUUAGAUUUCUGAACGAACAGAUGUACAAGUCAAGCGGCGAGGAUGCCAGAAAAAUGUUCCUGGAAGAUCCUGAAGCUUUUCAGGCUUAUCACGAGGGCUACCGACAUCAGAUAGCCCAAUGGUCUGUGAAUCCAUUGGAUCGGAUCAUCAAAAGUAUUAGAAAGCUACCACCAAAUUUUGUGGUCGCCGAUUUUGGCUGUGGUGAAGCCCGCUUGGCAGAGGAGGUACCGCAAAAGGUAUAUUCACUCGAUUUAGUAGCUUCGAACAGUAGUGUGAUAGCAUGCGACAUGGCCAAAACCCCGCUUGAAACCAACUCGGUGAACGUUGUGGUAUUUUGCCUAUCUCUCAUGGGAAUCAAUUUGAGGGAUUUUCUGCUGGAAGCUAACCGCAUCAUGAAAGUCGGGGCACUACUAAGAAUUGCUGAAGUAUCAUCCCGUUUUGAUAAUGUGAAGGAAUUUAUCGAUUGCGUACAAAAAUGCGGUUUUCUGCUGGAGACUAAAGAUCUCAAACACAAGUUGUUUUAUUUUUUCAACUUUAAAAAAGUUCGCACGGUAGACAAACAUUCUAUCAAAGGCAAACAUUUCAGCCUUAAACCAUGCCUGUAUAAAAAGAGAUGAAUAUUUGAAUAAAACUCAUAGAAAAAUUCUAUUUAAUAAAGCCUUAAAAAUAGUUGGAAUAUGCGAGUUAUUUGAUAUUUAUUCAUUUUCUAUCGUCUUCAGUUUCUGCUCCAAUAAAUCACUAUUCAGUCGGUG